GCUCCCCGACGCGCAGCCCCCUCCCCCUGCGCCUCUGAUUGGCUGUCGGCGGCCUGGGCGGGUUCUCGGCAGCCAAUGAGAAGGUCAGAAGCCCGUGUCUGUCCGGGCCGUCGGAAUCCAGCCCUGUCGCAACCCUGUCCGGAGCCCGAGGAUUACCUAUCUUCCCUCACCUUUUCCACCUUUGUACACAGUGAAUUAGGAAAAGCGACCGAGUUAUCGCCAUCGCCUUCUGCGCGUCCCAUCUCCCAGCCAGCAUGUUUAACUACGAUCUGCGUUCCCACUCUUCAUUUUACAGCCAAGGAGACAGACCCAGCAAAGAAACUUGUCCUAACAUGCACAGUCAGGCUGGAAACGCACAGUGUAGACGGAGGAACAGCGUCUGUCAGCUUCCAUCCCAGUUUGCCGGGACCAAGGAUGGACCUGCCCCCUAAGAUCCAGAUGUGAGCCAGCAUGAAGACAGCGUCAACAAGGAGUCAUCUAGAUCCCGCCUAAGAGAGCCAACUGCAUGGACUAUAUCUUCAGUUACCCAAUGAAGACUGUGCCUUCAAACGACCCUAGGACUGACUGUCACCGAAGAGAGAGCAGAAAGUUCUGGGUCUGCUGGAUUUUUAGCCGGAGAGGGGAAUAAUUCCCACCAUGAGUAAAUGGUAAAGGAAUGGUGAGAGGGGAACAAAAAUGAAAUUGCGUUCGAUUACUGUCAGAGUUGUGCUUGUUCAAAACAUUUUGGACAAAGACCCUCAGCCCGCGAGGAGGGUGCACAAUACGAGGGCUCUCGGAAGCCCCCCUUCUCUGUAGGGCCUGUGGUGCCCCCAGCGCUCUGUACGUGACCAACCACCUGAGCAGCUCGGUGGGGCUACAGGCCUCAAGUCCUCACAGUAAACGAAGAAGCUGGGGGGGACAGCAUGUGACCUCGCCCGGUGUCACUUGAGCAGUAAGAAGUGGCAGGACAGCCGAGGCAGGUCUAUAUUUGGGCUCUCACUCACGGCAGGCGUUGCUAUUUGCAGUGGGAGUCAGCUCAUGUUACCCGGCUUGCAGAGUCCCCGCUGUAAAACAGGGCCUUCCGGCACGCAGAGGUCACCCGGAGGGAAAUCCCAUCCCCACCGAAGGCAGAGCAGUUUUCUAGCCCUUCCCCGGAAUCCUCAGAGGUAAGAAAAGAAGAACUACGGACCCUUAAAUCAGCAGGCAAGUUUUUGGAUAAUCGUUAUUUUUCUCAAGUGAAAGGUAUUAUUAGAAACUCAGUAACUUAAUGCCACAACGUGAAUGCAAUAUCUUUCCUUCAGGGGAAAGAGGUAUCAUCUUCAAUUGCAGGACCCAGGACACCCACUAGGAGGCGCGCGUGCGAGGAACUCUGUGGGUGCAGAGGCGCGAUGGACGGGGAGGCUGGGGGGGGCGCCCGAGGUGCACAGGUCCCCGGGUCCCAGGGACUUCCACUUCUGUCCCACGGAUCUGUAUGACUCCGAAGGCCGGCUGCGGCUCUUCCCAGAAGAACACACGCGGACGGGAAGACAAGUGCCCGCCGAAAUGACCAGCGAGCCCGGGGGGGCGGCCCCAGGUAAGGCCCAGAGCGACCUGGAGGAGGAGGUGCAGGAGCUUGUGGAUUUGUACGCGCUUGGAGGUGGUGGCGAGUGGGGCGCGGAGCUCGUGGAUGGAAGCGCGCCGCGCGUGGAGGUCUCGGAACCCCGGCUGCACCUGUCCUCGGCGGGGGCGCAGAGGGACUGGCGGCUGGGCGCCGAGGCCGAGGACCCGGGCUGCUUGGGCUGGGGCGCGGCCGGCCGGGACCUGCGGGAAGCCUACAGGUACGCGCACGGCCGGGCCAGCGAGGAGUACGAGUGCUACGUCAUCCCCGAGGAGGAGGACGAGGACGAAGCCGCCCUGGUCUUCUGUGUCACUUGCAAAGCCCCAGUAAGGGCGUGCGAGGUUUCGGAUGCGCACGGAGAGCAUGAGGUGACCCCCCUCAGCAAGGCCCUGGAAAGCGCCAAGGACGAAAUUCACAAAAACAUGUUCAAACUGGAAAAGCAGAUUAUCGAGAUGGAGAAUUUUGCAAAUCACUUGGAGGAGGUUUUCAUCACCGUGGAGGAGAACUUUGGAAGACAGGAACAAAAUUUUGAGUCACAUUUCAAUGAGAUUUUGGAAACACUUGCUCAAAAAUAUGAAGAAAAAAUACAAGAUCUCGGAGAGAAAAAGAAAGCGAAGUUGGAAGCCUUGUAUGGACAACUGGUCAGCUGUGGGGAAAACCUGGAUACCUGUAAGGAACUCAUGGAAACCAUAGAGGAGAUGUGUCACGAAGAGAAGGUCGACUUCAUAAAGGAUGCUGUGGCUAUGGCUGACAGACUGGGAAAAUUCUUGAAUACAGAAACAGACGUGGAAAUCUCUGCGCAGCCUGACUUUGAAGACCAGACCUUGGACUUCUCUGAUGUGGAGCAGCUGAUGGGCUCCAUUAACACCAUCCCAGCUCCUUCUGCUCCAGUGAUAAACCCACAGGCCCCCAACUCAGCCACGGGCUCCUCUGUCCGCGUGUGCUGGAGUUUGUACUCUGACGACACGGUGGAGAGCUAUCUGCUGUCCUACCGGCCGGUGCAGGACGGCUCGCCUGGGAAAGACCAAGCAGAGUUUACAAUGACUGUCAAAGAAACAUAUUGCUCAGUGAGAAAUCUUGUGCCAAACACCCAGUAUGAAUUUUGGGUCACAGCUCAGAACAGGGCCGGCCGCAGCCCCGCCAGUGAGCGUGCAAUGUACAUGACAGCCCCCUCCCCUCCCGUUAUAAAAAGCAAAGAGAUACGGAGCUGCGAAGAGGCUGCACUGAUCUGCUGGGAGUCUGGGAACCUGAACCCCGUGGACUCGUACACGGUGGAGCUGACCCAGGCGGAAAGUCCUGAAGCCUCGGGAGUAACUGAGUCGGUCGUGGGCAUCCCGACCCGCGAGGCCUUGGUGCAGCUGCAGCCCAGGCAGCGCUAUACCAUCUACGUGCGAGCCCUCAGCGUGGGGGGCCCCAGUGCAAGGAGCGACCCCGUGACCGUCUACACCACAGGCAGCUUCUUCCACCUGAACCAGCACACCUGCCAUCCCGGGCUGACCAUUUCUGAAGAUGGGUUUACGGUCGUGCGGAGCGAAAGGAAAACCCCAGCAAAGGAGCCGCUCCCUGGCAACACCCGGUUUACCAGGUGUGUUGCCGUCAUGGGGAAUCUCAUUCCAAUCCGAGGGCGCCAUUACUGGGAGGUGGAGGUGGACGAGAGGUCCCACUACACGGUGGGUGUGGCCUUUGAAGAUGUCCCUAAACAAGAGGACCUGGGAGCAAACUGCCUGUCUUGGUGCAUGAGGCACAGACUUGCAUCAUCACGGCAUAAGUAUGAGUUCCUGCACAACGGGAUGACUCCAGAUAUAAGAAUAACUGUCUCCCCGAGGAAGAUCGGCAUUCUGCUAGACUAUGAAAAUUCAAAAUUGUCAUUUUUCAAUGCGGACAUUUCUCAGCAUCUGUACACGUUUAGUUGUCAGCUUCACCAAUUUGUGCAUCCCUGUUUUUCUUUGGAAAAGCCUGGGUGUCUGAAGAUACAUAAUGGCAUUUCAAUGCCAAAGCAUGUCACUUUCUACUAGACCAUUCUGAUGCCAGCUCCCUCUCUUCUGUACCCACCCCUCCAAGCCGGCCACCCCUCAGCUGGUUGAACUUGGCGUUCAAGCACAGGUUUCUAGCCCUGCGCACUGCCACCUGUAAGAUGUUAGGUUAGUCAUUACCAGGCGCUGCUGUAAAAUGAGGGCUCAGACAAAAUGAACUCCAGGCCUUUCAGGUGGUCAAACUGUAUCGGUCUGUUUGUUUAUAUGCAAAGUAUCUGAAAGUCCAAGGCCUAUAGAGCGUGGGGGCAGGGGCAAGGGAGGGAAGAGAUACAUAAGUACUAGUGGCCGUGGCACACCCGGGACAUCUUGCGAGUCAGCCAGGAACAGACUCCAGAAGGCAAGAGGCUGUCCACAGAGAACCAGGGAAGCCACGCGCCUUCUGUUUUCCCGGGAGUUAAUGGCACUGUGAUGCGGUUUCUGGCACUGAGCACGCUGUCACACCUGUUCCCCUCGUUCACAGAACUUACCCCAAACUUUGAAAUGACCUCUACCGUGCGCCCUUCCAUGAAGGCAGGGACAGUGUCUGUCUUGUUCAUCAUUCGGUCCCUAAGGACUAACGUGUAACAAACGGUACACACCAAAUACUGAAUAAAUUAGUUAUCUUCCUCAUCC